AUGCUCUUACAUCACACUACAGGAAUGAUUGAUCUUUGGUAUAAUCGACCGAAGUUUAGUUCGAAUGCAUCGUGGAAUUCAAGCGCUAUCACCUUUGCCAAUCAAUCUACAUUUGGUCGUUUCCCUCGCGGACUAUUUGUCGACAUAAGUAACACUAUCUACGCAGGUAGCUGGUUGAACAAUAUUGUUAAAGUAUGGUAUCAUGGAAGCUCAACUUCCGUAAGGACUAUUACAAAUGAUAUUAAUUUUCCUUAUGGUCUGUUUGCAUCGAAAGAUGGUGAUAUUUAUAUUGAUAAUGGUGCUCGAAAUCGUCGAGUCGACAAAUGGACGCCAAAUGCAACGCAUAGUUCAAGUGUGAUGACUAUUAGUAAUCCAUGCUGGAGCCUCUUUAUUGACACCAACAAUUCGCUUUAUUGUUCCCUGGAACGGUCACAUCAAGUAGUUAAAGUUGAUCUAAGUAGCAAUUCUAUGAUACCAAUCAAAGUCGCUGGUAAUGGUACUGCUGGAUCGACACCAUCAUUACUUAAUGAGCCAAACGGAAUCUUUGUUGAUACAGACUUUACUUUGUAUGUGGCAGAAUGUGGUAAUAAUCGAAUUCAACGUUUCAAUCUUGGUGAUCCAAAUGGAACCACCGUAGUAGGAAGUACUGCACCUAAAACUAUUUCACUUAAAUGUCCAACUAGUGUUAUACUCGAUGGUAAUGGAUUCCUAUUUAUCAUGGAUAGUCGUAACAAUCGUAUUAUUGCACAGAAUUCUCUGGGAUUUCAAUGUAUUGCUGGUUGUUCAGGUACCGGUGGAUCAGAACCAAAUCAACUCAGUAAUGCUCAAUACAUAGCAUUUGAUACUUAUGGUAAUAUAUUUGUAACUGACUAUAACAAUCACCGAAUUCAAAAGUUCAUUAUAAUAUCCAAUACUCUCACAACAACAACUACGACAACAACAACAACAAGAACAACAGCAGAAAUAACAACAACAGAUAUGAUAACGUCAACAGUAAAAAAUAGUGCUCCCACUAAGAUGGCUAUCAAUGUACUAUCAUCUCUUUCUUGUCUCUGUCUUAUAUUCUUUGUCUUUUAA